AUGGCAGAGGCCGGGCCACAGGCGCCGCCGCCCCCGGGGACCCCGAGCAGGCACGAGAAGAGCUUGGGGCUGCUCACCACCAAGUUCGUGUCGCUCCUGCAGGAGGCCAAGGACGGCGUGCUUGACCUCAAGCUGGCAGCUGACACGCUAGCCGUGCGCCAGAAGCGGAGGAUUUAUGACAUUACCAACGUGCUGGAGGGGAUCGGGCUGAUCGAGAAAAAAUCCAAAAACAGCAUCCAGUGGAAGGGUGUAGGGCCUGGCUGCAAUACCCGGGAAAUCGCCGACAAGCUGAUUGAGUUGAAGGAAGAGAUCAAGGAGCUGCAGCAGCGGGAACGCGAGCUGGAUCAGCACAAGGUGUGGGUGCAGCAGAGCAUCCGGAAUGUGACAGAGGACGUGCAGAACAGCUGCUUGGCCUAUGUCACCCACGAGGACAUCUGCAGAUGCUUUGCUGGAGACACCCUCCUGGCCAUCCGGGCCCCAAUGGGCACCAGCCUGGAGGUGCCCAUCCCAGAGGGCCUAAAUGGGCAGAAGAAGUACCAGAUCCACCUGAAGAGCAUGAGUGGCCCCAUUGAGGUGUUACUGGUGAACAAGGAGGCGUGGAGCUCACCGCCUGUGGCCGUGCCUGUGCCACCCCCCGAAGAUCUGCUCCAGAGCCCGCCUGCUGUGUCCACUCCUCCGCCUUUGCCUAAGCCUGUCCUGGCCCACCCCCAGGACACCUCGCCCCCAAGCAGCCCCCAGGCAAUCACUUCUACGCCUGUCCUUGGGAGUACUGCAGCUCAGGGGGUGACUGGUGCAGCAGCUGAGGUUGCAGUGAGUGGUGACCCUGGAACUGAAAACAAGGACAGUGGCGAGCUCAGCUCCGUCCCACUGGGUCCGACAGCGCUAGACACACGGCCACUGCAGUCAUCUGCCCUGCUGGAUAGUAGUGGCAGUAGCAGUAGCAGCAGUAGCAGCUCCUCUGCACCCCACCCUUCUACCUCCUUUGAGCCCAUCAAGGCGGAUCCUACAGGCGUUCUAGAGCUCCCCAAAGAGCUGUCAGAAAUCUUCGAUCCCACCCGAGAGUGCAUGAGCUCGGAGCUGCUGGAGGAGCUGAUGUCCUCAGAAGUGUUUGCCCCUCUCCUCCGCCUUUCUCCACCCCCGGGAGACCACGAUUACAUCUACAACCUGGACGAGAGUGAAGGACUUUGUGACCUCUUUGAUGUGCCUGUUCUCAACCUCUGACUGGCAGGGACAUGCCCUGUGUGGCUGGGACUGACUGAUGAAGCUGCCCUCAUCGCACCCCACACAGCUCCAGAGCCACGGGCUCCCUCUGGUGCUGCAGUUGGGGCUCCUCACCUAUGCCAGCAGGUGGGGACCCAGGCCGCAGCCCCUCCCAUCUUGGAGCUAGUGUUCACCCCUUCUGUCCGGGCCCUUGUCCAUUAUGUGCCCUUGUGAGGCCUCCCAGAACCCGACUCAGCUGCCACCCAAUGGCACAGACCCCAGAACCUGCAGUCAUCCACCUCCACUUGUCCACUUCCUUCCCUACACCCACUGCCCUUCCUGCUCUCGCAACCCUUUGGCUCUCAGCAUCCCUUUGGCUGGCCUUUAGCCCUAGAACCUGUUGGGGUGUUGAGGUGCUGACAGGAGAACAUAGGUCUCUACAUAAGAAUCUGGGCAGGUGGGUGUCGAGCAUUGGCCAAGCCUCCCACUCUCCCAUAGCCCCUUUUUGUUUAUUCUUUUUUCCCUCAUUAGAGACAUUUACAGAGAUUUAGAAAGAUUUGCAGUUAAUGAAUGAAUUCCUAUAUAAAGAUUAUUUUUAUACUUUUUGCAGCAAAAGGAAAUUGUAAUAUUUGUACAGUGCCCAAAUAAAUAAAGACCAUGUCUAAGGCUA